AUGGCGGCGGACCACCUGGCGGAAUCGCUGCACGCCGCCGCUCCCGACGCCACGGCCGCGCUCGCCGCCGGCCCCACGCCGGCGCUCGUGGCGCUCGUGUCGCUGGCGGUGCUCGUGUCGUCGCUCGCGCUCUUCGUGCUUCGCCACCGCGCCGCCUCGUCGCCCACCGCACCGGUCGGCGCGGGGCCCGGCGGCGGCAGCAAGUACCAGCCGCUCGCUACAAAGGAUGUAGCGGCGGUGGCGGCGGCGAAUGGCGAGGAGCGGGCGGGCGAGGGGGAUAAGGCGGAGCGCGACGAGGAGAAGGUGGCGAUCGGCAUUCUGUUCGGCACGCAGACGGGCACGUCCGAGGGAUUCGCCAAGGUGGGCCGCGCGGAGGAGAUGCGCGCUUGCUGGGGCGCGCGGAGGAGAUGCGCGCUUGCUGGGGCGCGCGGAUUGGGAUCACGCUUGGAUGAGCCGCGUGCAUGCAAUGCGCGGCUGAAUGGGGUGGCUGGGAAAGGGAUGGCACGACAGAACGAGCGACGACGAGGUCGCGUGGCUGCGCGAGAUUCCUCGCCGACUGCUUCAUCCCCUCCCUUCCCCCUCACCAUCCCCCUCCUGCUACCUCACCCCUCUCUCCUGCCGCCUCGCAUCGUCCCCCCCACUCUUCCCCCCUCUCUCUGCCGCCUCAACCCUCCCCCGUCGCCUCACCACCCCUCUCUGUCACCUCACCCACCCCCCUCUGGCCGCCUCGCCAUUCCCCCUC